AUGGUGAAGUUUCUCAAACCAAACAAGGCGGUGAUUAUCCUCCAGGGGCGUUACGCCGGUCGGAAGGCGGUGAUCAUUCGCAACUUCGACGAUGGCACACGCGACCGUUCUUACGGCCACUGCCUGGUGGCUGGUUUAGCCAAGUACCCGCGCAAGGUCAUCCGCAAGGACUCCGCCAAGAAACAGGCUAAGAAAUCACGCGUGAAGUGCUUUAUCAAGCUGGGCCUCGCUUUCCAUCACAUACCAACACCACAACCAACGGAAGCUAAAACAGACAACCUCGCCACGGCCUCAGACGCCAUUGCAACUAUAUUCUCUGCCGCGGCCCCAUUGUUCGGUGGGAUUGCGAUAGACAAAUUCAUUGAGGGCUUGUCUUGCCCAGAAAUCGCAAAUUCCAAUGUCCGAUUGUAUAGUGUAACAAGUCCAGUGAAAAGCUUGACAGCAUACUCAGCUAUCUCAUCUGAUUCACAGUGUGCAAAGGCGUAA